GGCGGUGCCGCGGGCGGGGAGCAAAGGUUGUUUGGUGCCUUCGCACCCCAACUUCUCCUAACCGGCCGCGGCGUCAUGACGGUGGCAGCCAGGCUCCGGAGCAAGGCGGCGAGCAGCCUCCCGCGCCGCGGGCCCCGGGGGCAGGGGGACGAGGACACCACCGCGAUCCUGGAGCUGGAAGACGAGGUGGCCGAGAGCGCGGCGAGCGCGGAGCGCCCGGAGGCCCGGAGCGCGCGGCGGGUGCACCUGGCCGUCCUCCCUGAGCGCUACGAGCCGCUGGAGGAGCCGGCGCCGGGCGACAAGCCCAAGAGGAGGUACCGGCAGAAGCUGAAGAAGUACGGCAAGAACGUGGGCAAGGUCAUCAUCAAAGGAUGCCGCUACGUGGUCAUCGGCCUGCAGGGGUUCGCCGCGGCCUACGCCGCCCCGUUCGGCGUGGCCGGCAGCGUGGCGUCAUUUGUCCGCUAGUGGGGGCUGCUGCGGGGCAGACCCUUCUGGAAUGAUGGGAGCCUCCAUCCGGCAGCCAUACAAAUCCAGACGCAUCUCAGACUCGAAGCCAUGACCUACUUGGAAGGAAAAAAGUCUCUCUCUGUCGAAUCUGACGAUUGUUGUGAAUGGGACAUCUUUACCCCUCUGCUGAGUUUUUCACGUUUCUUGGACAUGGGUGGCUCUGACGGACAAUCCCACAUAGAAUGAGGCUGAUGUUACCUUUGGGGUCAGGGUCAAGUUUGCUCACACUGGAGCCUUUGUGGGAAGCUCGCGCGUGGAGGCAAACCCUCAACCGGCGCGAGCAGCCUGGGCGGGCAGCAGAUAGGUGAUUAUGGGGGGAAAGGAUUGUUACCCGGCGUGACAUGAUUUGCCAUCUUGUCCUGGAAAGGUCGCGGCUGACCGGCGCUCACAGCCCUUCACGGCCGGGGUUCUGAGGGCACCAAAGGAGCAGCUUGCUGCUGAAGUCACGUCCCCCAUCUCCUCCUCCACACUUUGUCACUGGCAGUUUAAUUACAGGCUGGAGAAGAAGGAAGGAAGAAAAAUCUCUUUGAAGGCUGACACUUUGAAACUGUGUUGGCAAUGUGUCGUGACUGUUUAAAGUAGAUAAAAGCUUGGCAUUGUUACCUUUCUCUGACACGAGUGUGCGGUGGGGUGAGGGGAGGGAUGGGGGCAGGUUCAAGUGCAGGCUGCCGCUGACAAAGGUCGGGUGAGGGAGCCCGCUGGAGGGCUGAUGUGCCCGGUCCAGCCCAGCCUGGCCCAGCUGCAUGUUCGAGCCUCAGCGCUGCAUCUCUCUGCCAAGCCACCGAAGGGUGCUUUGUCUUGGGCGUGAGGGACGUACCACAUCUGGAAAUAAAAGUGUUUGAUUUAGAGAAGGAACAGGGAAGUAGGAGAUGGUUGCAAAGGAAGUAGAAACAGGGCAAGAAGGAGGUUGGGCGAGAGGAGUGGAGAUACGGGACCCCGAUUUGGGUUGUGAGCGAUGGGAGGUCUUCGGUGGGCUGGGUCUUUGGCUCGGGGAAGGGGCCGGGGCAGCUACGUGGGCAGCCUGUGUGGCUGGGGCUUAGACACCCUCUGGCGCCUGCGAGCUCAUGUUGUCUGCCGUCGUAGCAUCCUUUCCUCUUCUGCGAUGCCCGCUUUGACCAUGUCUCACCCGGAUUCAAAGGUUAGGGCGAGCCUGGUCCUGACGCUCCCCCAGGAUGACCCGCUGACUGACUUUGGACCAUUGGUCAGGGAGGUGGCAGAAAGAGGAAGUCUCUCACCCUGUGCCCCCUGCCAAGCCCCAUGACUGGCCACUGUUCUGACUUUGUUUCCAGAAUAUCUGAAAGUUCUACAUGGUUAUGGUUGAUCAGUCGGCGGGAUCAAUGGCAGCAUCUACCGGUUGCCCUUAGAAGUUUCUAGGCCAUGCAAAGGCGGCCACGAUGCUCAUGUUUCACCAAUCAAACCCAACCAGGUGGUAUGGGGGAGUGGAGACGGUGAGAGACAGACAGACAGACAGAAAAAGGAAUUGGUGGAGGCGAAAACUGUGGCCGUGAAGCUAGACUCAGCUUCCCAUCCUGGAGGCUCAUGGGAGGUUGGAACUUGGAUCCAGCUUCUGCAUCACUAAUAUUUGUGAGGAAAAGAGAGAACAAAUGUUCUUGUUUUAGCUCAGAUGAUGAAAGUUGAUAAUGGCACAUUUUCACACAUGUAAGAUAAUUAUAGCUUGCCCGGCCAUGCUGGGAGUUGG